AACUAGAUUAUCACGUAGGCCCUAUGCAUCAAAUCCGUCAGCUGAUAGGCCUAGCCUACAUAGUUUGACGUUGUGUGUCAAAUGAGUUCGUCUCAAUAAAUAAGGGUUUUCUGAAAUUACACAUUUAUGCCCAUAUGUUCUCAUGGUUAUGACAACAUUUUCCUCAAUUUCAAUAGGUAAUUUAAUUUAAGAUUCUGGAAACAGCGUUCCCAACUGCUACGAGUUCACGUGAUUCGCGCCGAUAGACUUUUUCUGUUGCUUUCAUACCUCAGUGUUUUUAGCUAACCGGCUAUAAUCAAACUAAGACUAAAUUAAGCUAUUUGAACACCUAACUGCACAGUUAGUUGAUUUAAUAAGGUAGGAAAGCCACUGUGAAUCAGUUAGAUAAGAAUUGCAAUGAUGUCAAAGUCAAAGAUGUGCAACAGACCGAAAAAGCAAGAGACUGCCCAGUGGACGAAGUUAUUUGAGAACGACUUGAAAACCCAAGAACAGUCAGAGGUCUUCGUAAAACGAAUGAUGGCCCUGGCUGUGUCCUCCAUUACAUACCUCAGAGGAAUAUUCCCAGAGGACGCCUACAAAUCUAGAUAUUUGGAAGAUUUAUGCAUCAAAGUAUUACGAGAAGAUUGUGCAACACCAGGUGCACGCAAAAUAGUGAAAUGGAUGAUGGGCAGCUUUGACGCAUUACACAGGAGAUAUCUUCAGGUUGCGUUUAUUGGGGUCCACACUAAUCCAGAUGACCCCAAUUCCAUCAUUGAGUCCUACCAAUUCAAAUUCAGAUACACAGACCAGGGCCCACAGAUGGACAUACUCAGCAAUAAGGAUGCGGAGAUGAAGGUGACCAUGGAGGACACCAAAAAAGCAUCGGUCCUCCUGACCAGGAAGUUGUUCCUCCUCUUGCAGAACCUGGACAUCCUCCCCAACGAUGUGUGCCUCACCAUGAAGCUGUAUUACUAUGACGACGUCACCCCAAGCGACUAUGAGCCUCCUGGCUUUAAAGAAGGUGUGUGUGACACCCUUUGGUUCGAGGGCAUGGCCGUCCACUUCCGGGUAGGUGAGGUGCAGACCCCGUUCCACACCCUGAAGGUGCGGGUGGCAGCGGAGCAGGGCCGCGUGGAGAAGCUACAGGAGGGGAAGCACCUGAGGGAAAGCGAACGGGCGUCAGCUGAAACCCAAAGCACUGUACUGGAGAUAGCCGCUCAGGCUGGGGCCUCUGACCCUGAGGGAUUACGAGAGGAGGAUUUUCCAUCUGAGGAUGAGUCUGCGCAAUUCAAGAAACCUCAAAAAGCUGCAACAAAGAGGAAAGCAGGUGCCAACAAGCUCUCAAGAAGGAAAGGAAUGAGAACUGAGCCAUGAGCCUUGAGCAUGGCACCCACUAGUGUUGUUAAAUGUUAUUCACCAAACAUGUUCAUGACUGUUCCAAUUCUUAUUGACUGGCCACUACUCAUUUAGUUUAAGUAUUAUGUUGGUUGAAGUUCCUUUAUACCAAACGGCUAUUGUAUUAUUAUCAAACUAAUGAAACUGAUGUUACAAUUUUACUUGGCUAUAAAACAUAUUUGUACUCUACUAUUCAAGACCAUCACCUAAU